AAGUGUUGCUGUGUGUUGAAGGUGGAUUUUGAUGAGCAGAUACCUGCUGUUUUCAAACUAUCUGCAAAAAUGUCUGUAUCAUCAAUAUAUCUCUUAGACUCCAAAGGGAAGGUACUGAUAUCCCGGAACUACAGAGGUGACAUCGAGCCCAGUGUUAUAGACAAGUUUAUGCCCCUGCUAAUGGACCGAGAAGAAGAAGGGAACAUGUCACCGAUUAUACAGACGAGUGGCUGCACGUUCAUGUACAUCAAGCACAGCAACGUGUACGUGGUCAGCACGACGCGGAAGAACGCCAAUGUCAGCCUGGUGUUUGUGUUCCUGCACCGCCUGGUUCAGGUGUUUGAGCACUACUUCAAGGAGCUGGAGGAGGAGAGCCUGCGGGACAACUUCGUCAUCGUGUACGAGCUGCUGGACGAGCUGAACGACUUCGGUUUCCCGCAGACCACUGAUAGCAAAAUCCUCCAGGAGUAUAUCACCCAGGAGAGUCAUAAACUGGAGGUGGCGCCCCGGCCGCCGAUGGCCGUCACUAACGCCGUCCACUGGCGCUCCGAGGGCAUCAAGUACAGAAAGAACGAGGUCUUCCUGGAUGUCAUCGAGUCGGUCAACCUGCUGGCCAACUCGAACGGUAACGUACUGCGCAGUGAGAUCGUGGGCAGUAUCAAGAUGCGUGUCUACCUGUCCGGCAUGCCCGAGCUGCGGCUGGGUCUCAACGACAAGGUACUGUUCGAGAGCACCGGACGCGGCAAGAGCAAGUCGGUCGAGCUGGAGGACACCAAGUUCCACCAGUGUGUCAGACUUUCCAGGUUCGAAAACGACCGCACCAUCUCGUUCAUCCCGCCCGACGGCGACUUCGAGCUCAUGUCCUACCGGCUCAACACUCACGUGAAGCCGCUCAUCUGGAUCGAGUCGGUCAUCGAACGCCACGCGCACAGCCGCGUCGAGUACAUGGUCAAGGCCAAGUCGCAGUUCAAGCGCCGCUCGACGGCCAACAACGUCGAGAUCAUCAUCCCCGUGCCGACUGACGCCGACUCGCCAAAGUUCAAGACGACCAUUGGCAGCGUCAAAUACGUGCCCGAGAAAACCUGCAUCGUCUGGAGCAUCAAAUCGUUCCCGGGCGGUAAGGAGUACCUGAUGCGGGCCCACUUUGGUCUGCCGAGCGUGGUGGCAGAGGAGGUGGACGGCCGGCCGCCCAUCAACGUGCGGUUCGAGAUCCCCUACUUCACCACGUCGGGCAUUCAGGUGCGGUACCUGAAGAUUAUCGAGAAGAGCGGCUACACGCUGCCCUGGGUACGCUACAUCACACAGAACGGCGACUACCAGCUGAGGACGCAGUGAUGAGCGUCCGAGAACCCCCUGUGACACACCCUCCCGUCCCUGACCGGCCCCAGCACGACAGCCGGCCGCCGAGACCCGGCACACCCGCAUCUGUGGUACCGUACUGUAACGGUACAAAUGUACUCCGCACUGUAUUGAACCGCCACGGCAACACGGCUGGAGAGUCCGCGGAGAAUGCGUGAGCAGGUGUGGGUGCUGGACAAGCUGUGAAUGUGAGUCGUGAGUUUCGA